UUUCAGCAAUGGCGUCCGCUCACACUGCUGCCUUUCAGCUAAAAGCUUUUUAUGUCCCAGCCCAAUGCAGCAGCAGCCGCAGGAAGAAGAGUGGCGCGGGUGGGGGGAGUGGGAGUGGUUAGGGUGAAAAAGAAAGGCCUCCUUAGGCCGUCGCCAGGGCAACUGUGACAUCAUCGAGCACUAAAAGCUUUUAACCGGAUUCCUCUCCUGCUUUAGGCCCCAUUUUGAGUGCUCUUUCAGUCUGUCCUGGAGGGGGGAGGUGCAAAAUCAGGCCUUAGCGUGUGCUUCCCUUCUCACCUUCGCAAGCUCCCAUUGCACCACACAGAACCGUAAAAGCCUUUCAAAGCAAAGAGCUUUUUGCGGGGAAAAAUGGCAGCGGGAGAUGACUUUGCCUAUUUAAUUACUCAUCCUCAGGGCGAGAAGCACCGGCGGGCCCCCAACUGGACUGACGGUGAAAUGAAGGCCCUGCUCUACAUUUGGGAGGAGAACCACAGUGAGCUGAAAACUAGCAAGAGGAACGCAAAGGUUUACGAGAGGAUGUCGCAGCGGUUUUUCCAGCUGACGGGCGAGCAACGCUUCAAAGAGGAGAUUAAGAUGAAGAUCACAAAUAUGUCCUUCCAAUACAGGCGACUUAAAUCCAACGCCACGGAAAGCGGCGAGACCCCCGACUGGCCGUAUUACAAAGCUAUCGAGAAGAUUCUAUCCAAGCCUGUGGAGGUCGGACAAGGUAACUGGGCCGAGUCUCAAGGUGAGUCCCGGGAUGAGUCCCAGGCCUCGACGAGUGCUGGUAAUUCCUCCCAAGGUGGCGACAACCCCUUAGCCCAGCCGGAGCAGGAGGUGAUGGGCUUCCUGCCCGAAUAUACAGGCUCUUCAGAUGAAAUGGAGAUCAAGCAGGAACUGGACUCUUGGAACUCUGACAGUGAGCACACGCAAGGCUCCAGCUCCCAUCCAGUGUCUAGCAAGCAAAAGAAAACAAAAAGACAGAAUUUCCUAAAGCGGAGGAAGCUGCAGAUAAUGCAGGCCAUGCUGCGGCAACAAAAGCGCUCUAACCAAGCCAUUGAGGAAACGUGCAGGGAGGUCCGCCGAGCCCUGCAUCAGCAGAAUCUGCUCCAGGUCCAGUGUAUGCAGAUGCAAGAGCGCAUGAUGAAUCUUCUGGAGAAAAUGAUAUUGCCGUCCUCCACAAGCGGGAAGAACAAAAUAUGAAGUGCAGCAUCUCUAUAGUUUUUUUGUUUAGUUAUUUGAAUUUAGGUUUUUUUAGGCCCUCCACAAGUUUAUUGCACGCAUGUAAAAAUGAAUGCGCUUAUUUGCAUUGCUGUAGAAUUAAACAAAAUAGUUUGACAUUA